UUCAUCACCAUAUCCCUCUCAAUCAUCAACCACAACAAAACAUGAGCACACGUACCGUAAAACUACUGAUAAUAUGGUCCUCUUUUAUUUCCACCUAUUUAGUCAAUAAAACCACCUUAGCUCAACCCGACUUCGUUGCCUAUGUCUGUGAAAACGCGUCUAACUAUACCAUAAAUAGCACAUACCAACAAAAUCUUGACAACGCCCUCUCUGCGCUUCCAAGCACGAACUCCAGUUCCGGUUUCUUCAGUUUCUCCACUGGCCAAGGAAACGAUAGAGUCAACUCAGUCGCCCUAUGUCGAGGUGAUGUCAAUCCAGAGUUUUGUCAAAGUUGUCUAAAUGACUCUAUAAUUAAGUUACGAAGUAUUUGCCCGAACACAAGGGAAGCAAUAGGGUACUAUGAAAACUGCUUUUUGUAUUACUCCAACCAAAGCAUAUUGGAGCAAACUGGAUUUAAGCUUGCUGGGAUUUUGAUUAACACUCAAAAUACUAGUGAUGGUAGUCGGUUCAGAUGGGAAUGGGCUAUUACACCAUUACUAGAUUACUUGAGAAAGAAGGCUGUGAACGAUGGUGGGCCGCUACUAAAAUUUGCCGCAGGAAACGUGAGUGGACCGGAUUCCUCGACUAUAUAUGGGCUUGUUCAGUGUAUUCCAAACUUGUCGGAAAGGGAAUGCAAUGAUUGCUUAGAGGGUUCUAUCAAUGAGAUACCCAAUUUUUUGAACGGGAGAGCUGGUGGUAGAUUUCUUCUACCUAGGUGUAAUUAUAGGUAUGAGACAUAUAGGUUUUUUAAUGAGAUUGCUGAUAUAUCACCACGACGACCAGUUUCACAACAACCAGGCAAAGAAAAUAACACGAAACGGACUAUAAUAUUAGUAACUGUUAUCAUCACAGUCAUUGUUGUCAUGAUAAUGGUUUUGCUUUGUAUCUUCAUCACAUUACGUAAGAAGAGGAAGAAAAUGAUGCAAUCAUCCUCUAAACUUGUUUUGAUGGAAAGUAUGGCCAUUGGAACUUCUGAAUGUUUGCAAUACAACUUUAGUACAUUGAAAGCGGCAACAGUUGAUUUUUCUGAAAAGAAUCAGCUUGGUCGAGGUGGAUUUGGAUCAGUGUACAAGGGCAAUCUUGAAGGCGGACAUGAAAUUGCAGUUAAAAGGCUAGCAAGGGAUUCAGGACAGGGUGACUUGGAAUUCAAAAAUGAGGUUUUGCUAGUUGCGAAGCUUCAACAUCGUAAUUUGGUCAGACUGAUAGGUUUUUCUAUAGAAGGAAUAGAACGUCUUCUUGUUUAUGAGUUUAUGCCAAAUGGAAGUCUUGACCGCUUUAUAUUUGAUCCAACUAAACGUACACUUCUUGAUUGGGAGAAGCGAUACAAGAUCAUCCAUGGCAUUGCCAAGGGACUUUUGUACCUUCAUGAGGAUUCUCGUCUAACAAUAAUUCAUCGUGAUAUGAAAACUAGUAAUGUCUUGUUAGAUGCAGAAAUGAACCCUAAAAUUGCAGAUUUUGGAAUGGCACGAUUAUUUAAACCCGAAGAAACUCAAGGUGAUACAAGUCGAAUUGUUGGAACCUAUGGUUAUAUGGCUCCAGAAUAUGCCAUGCAUGGACAGUUUUCAGUGAAGUCUGAUGUAUUUAGCUUCGGAGUGUUACUACUAGAGAUGGUAACAGGGCAAAAGAACCAAUUUUUCCGUAUUGGAGAGAACAUGGAGCAUCUUCAUAGCUUUGCAUGGAAAAGUUGGCGAAAUGGAACAGUGUCAGAAUUGAUAGAUCCGACAUUAAAGAUGGGAUCAGGUUCAUUGCGUGAUAUCACUAGAAUUAUACACAUUGGGCUGUUAUGCAUUCAAGAAAAUGUUAAUGAUAGACCAACCAUGGCUGAGGUUGUUCAUAUGCUUAAUAACUUCUCCGUCGUGCUUCCAAUACCAUCAGAACCUGCAUUCUUCAUGCAUCAAAACAAUAAUCCCCAUAUGCCACUCCUACCAGAGUAUUGUAAAUCUUUAACAGAGAGUAGUGCUUUAGGAGAAAAUAUAUUUUCUGCUAAUGGUCUUUCAUUAUCGGAUUUCAUUCCUAGAUAAGUCUUUGUAAGGCACUUAAUACAGAACACACACAGUUCUACAUUUCACUUCAGGAAACUGACAUUCAAUGUUACGAUUUGUGUUUAAACGUGGAUUCAAAUUAAAUAUGAAGUGGUAUCUCGAAUGUAUUUGUGGUGUCCA